AUGGAGAAUGACAGUCAAGGAAUGGGCUUUUGCUUUCCAAACAACAAUUUGUCAUGUAUAAGAGAAUACAGACCUCUAACGGAGUCUGUCAUUUUGUACACCUUCAUUUUUUUAGCGUCAGUCUUCACCGUGUUUCUGAACCUGCUGAUGAUCAUCUCCAUCUCUCACUUCAAGAAGCUUCACACUCCAACCAACCUGCUCAUUCUCUCUCUGGCUGUUGCCGAUCUGAUUGUGGGACUCAUUGUGAUUCCACUGAUGGGCAUCAGAUAUAUUGAUACAUGCUGGUACUUUGGAGAGACGUUUUGUUAUAUAUUUUUAUUAAUUAGUUUAAUUGUUGUGUCAGCAUCUCUCAGUAAUUUAGUUUUUAUUUCUGUUGAUCGUUACAUUGCUGUGACUGAUCCAUUGAGAUACACAGUAAGAGUCACGACUAAUAAAACUGUUUUUUGUAUUGUCAUGAACUGGCUUUGUUCAGUCCUAUAUUCGUUAUACUUUUAUGAAGCUUUUACACAAGAAGGGUGUUAUGGGGACUGUGCAAUUUAUUUUAAGAUGAAACAUGUUGUCAUGGACCUCGUUGUUACUUUCAUCCCCCCUUGUGUUGUAAUCAUGUCUUUAUAUGUGAAGAUCUUUUGUGUUGCGAAACAUCAGAGCAAAGUUGUGAGUACUAACACAUGCAUCAGGUCACAAAGAAAGGCAGCCAAAACAUUGGGGAUUGUGGUAGUGGUUUACUUUCUGUGUUGGAUCCCGUACUACAUAGUGAUACUUAUAGAAGGAGACGAGUCGACUGCAUCAGUUGAAUUUAAUUUAACAUGUUGGAUUGUUUACAUGAAUUCCUGUAUGAAUCCCCUUAUUUACGCUCUGUUUUAUAGAUGGUUUAGAUUAUCAGCCAAACACAUUCUGACUCUACAAAUAUGUCAACCGUCAUCACAAUACUUCAAUCUAUUCCCUGAUUAUUAAUGAUCAAUAUACAGUACAAGUCAUCUGUCCAAGAACACAUUUUAUAUCUACAGUGAAUAUGCUUUUGUUUUUAUCUGUCAUUGUUUGUAUUUUGUUGUAUUUGGGGUGUGGGUUGCUCGUGUUUGGAAACAUCACAGCUUUUUUCUGCAUGUAUACAUUUGCCUGGAUUAUAUAUUGCUGUCUGUUUAAAUCUGCAAAUUUACUUGUUCUUUUAUAAUGGUCAAGAUGCUGAGUAAA